CGUAGCGCUGUAGGCUUCGCUAGUUUCCUCAACCAAACACUCAACUGAUAUUGUGUGAUAAAAACUGGAAGUGUGCCGGUGGACGAGGGGCUUCUUUUAUUGAGGAAAAAGCACACGAACCGAGCGGCCAUCGCCGUCAGAACCGAACACAAUCUGGGCCGGAGCCGAACUUGUGUUAUUAGCGCAGAGGACGGUGGACACAGGCUGCCUGUAAACCCUCCAUUAAGGCUGCUGCUUUUUAUUUUGCUGUGGCUUUUCGGAAGGCGGGGAAUACAAAGCGACGUGUGGUCAAAUCCAGAACAUUUUGGAGCCGCUGGAGCAUAAACAGGAAUCCUACAGAACCAGCUGGUGCUGCUGUGACUGGUUAGCGAUAGUACAUGGAUUAUCUGUGUUUCCGCGCCCUGUGCUGUAAAGGACCGCCGCCGCCAAGACCAGAGUACGAUGUGGUGUGCAUCGGCCUGACAGGUGCCGGAAAGACCAGCCUGCUGUCACGCCUCUGCAGCGAAGGCAGCGAUGGCAUCGUGCCCACCACAGGUUUCAGCAUUAAAGCAGUGCCAUUUCCAAACGCCAUCUUGAAUGUAAAGGAGCUUGGAGGAGCUGAUAACAUCAAAAAGUACUGGAGCCGUUACUACCAGGGCUCCCAGGGCGUCGUGUUCGUAUUGGACAGUGCCUCAUCGGACGAGGACCUGGAGGCGGCGCGGAACGAGCUGCACUCGGCCCUGCAGCACCCGCAGCUCUGCACGCUGCCUUUCCUCAUUCUAGCCAACCAUCAGGACAAGCCUGCUGCACGGACGCCAAACCAGAUUAAGAAGUACUUUGAGCUGGAGCCGCUGGCCCGAGGGAAGCGCUGGAUCCUGGAUGGCAGCACCACCGACAACAUGGAGGCGGUGAAGGAGAGCUUCGGCCAGUUCAUCGGCCUGUUGGAGGACAAAGACACUGAGCCCGCCAGGAUAUGAUGCUAACACUGCUAAUGCUAACGGACAUUAGCAGUGAAUGAAAAAAAUAAGAACGUCUACAUCCUGCUGGUGUCCACACAUUCACACACAUUCACACACAGACACACACAGACACACUGGCCUCUGUCUCUGAGGUGUGUAUUGUAUGUUUCCUCUCUUCACCGCACUCUCAUUUUUGCUGUUAGCAGAGCGUGCACCGGUCGUCCCGGUGUGUCCCGAUAGAAAAGCGCCACCAUUUCAACCGUUUGACCACAACAAUUCUGAACUUUGUGAGAAGUGGAGUCUUGUUUACUUCUGUCUGUGCCAUUGUGAGAAAGUAAAUGGCAUCUGGGACACGUGGUAUUCUUUUAGUCAUCAUCUGACACUAACACACACAUUCUGACACACACAAACACACACAUUUUCACACUACGUGGAGCCCAGGUUGUCUGUAGAUAUGUUUAACAUCUCCACUAAUGACUUUGCAGGAUGUGUGGGUGGGCACGGUUCGUGUUGUUUCCUCUGAGAAGUACCGUUUGGACGUCCGUCAUGUGUGCUUCUCUUUUCUUUCGACGUGUAACAACGAAUGUGGUUGUGUGGUCGGAGUACAGAGCCUUGUGUUAUGUACAGUCGUUACAUAUCGGUGUGUCACACAAUAUCUAAUCUGAAUAGUGUAGUCAUGGAGUAUCCUGUCCAUGCUGAUCAUACUGCUGUGUACCCUCCUGUGUGGCCGUGCACAAGUACUACUAAUCAUGACUAAGGUGACCUUCUGGACACACCAGUCCGUCUCUGUCAGUGGGAACAAGUCUGAAUGCUUUUCUAAAUGUGCAGCGUAGGAUAUAUUUUUUAGCUCUGUAUGUUAACCUGUAGGAGCUACGUUCAGAUUACAAAGAUUUUUUAUAUAUCAUAUCACACUUACCAAUUAUUUCAAAUCAAAGACCAAAAAAAGUGAUUGACUGGGCCGGAUGUGGCCACAGAGUAGACGACUGUGAUGGAUUUAGUUUCAUUUCAGAAUUUUAGCAAAUGUUUAUCUGUUUUUUUUCUACAUUUCUACUGUAUCUUGUCUUUUUUCUGUUAAAUUUGACAUAAUCCCUGUUGGCGCUGGCCAGCGACUCCGUUCUCCCAUCAGUGUGGAAUACAAACUCUAUCAAUCAGCCACAGCAACAGCUGCAUCUGACACGUCCCUGUCCGACAGCCUAAUGCCUUCCAACUGUCUGUGAAGACCCCUCCCUGUCUGCUGUUUAUCGCAGACCCCCUCCCGUCCCCAUCCCCGUCCCCUCCUUGCUGGGGCUGGUUUCCCUCCGUCUCAGCCUCAUGUGGACUUAACGCCACCGGUGUGUGUCGUAUUCACUGUGCCACAGGUGUGUGUGUGUGUGAUCCAUGUACACACCUCCUCCUCAUGUGCUUUGCAUUGUCGUCAUUUUGUUCAGUAUUUUUUUAUUUUUUUUUAUUUUCUGUUUUCUUGAGAUUUAAUCACUUCAUGACCUGGGACCUGCCGGUAGGUUUGUAGUCUGGGUCGGGUCAGGUCCAACACCCAUGUGUGGUCUAGGGGUUCUGCCAGUGUUGGACUUCCUUUCACCCACUUAUGUGUUAAACAUACACUGCAGUUGUUUUUUUUGUUUGUUUUUUAAUUUGUCUGUUUUGUAUUUUCUUUUUGUUUUUUCAAUUAUGAGUUUUGUCUGUAAUGGAAAUUAAAGUCUAAAAAUCCUA